UGUAAGAAAGGACUCUAACCUCAAAAUAAUUCGGCACUGGACCGGACUUUCAGAGCUCGCACGAGUUGCUGUUAAAACUCACGUUUCUGUGAAGUAUAUUGAAUUCCUGAUCUUAUCCCCAAACCAAUGGUAUUAGGCCUUAGGAAAAGACCGAAUUCCAAAAAAGAUAAAGAAUUCCUGAUCUCGUAUAAGUUCAAGACACCAAAGGAAGCGAAAAGUCAUCAAGCGUAGACGAAUCGAGGUUAGAUUGACAAGACAUAGUAGUUAUGUCGACAGACUUUUACAUACGCUACUACGUGGGGCACAAGGGAAAGUUCGGCCACGAAUUUCUGGAGUUCGAGUUCAGGCCCGACGGUAAACUCAGAUAUGCGAAUAAUUCUAACUAUAAGAAUGAUACCAUGAUCCGCAAAGAAGCUUACGUUCACAACUGCGUCAUGGAGGAGUUGAAACGCAUCAUCCAGGACUCGGAGAUCAUGCAAGAGGAUGACUCCUUGUGGCCGCAGCCUGACAGGGUGGGUCGUCAAGAGCUCGAGAUUGUAAUCGGUGACGAACACAUAUCCUUCACCACGUCAAAGACAGGAUCUUUAUUGGAUGUGAAUCAGUCUCGAGACCCUGAAGGACUUAGAUGUUUCUACUACCUCGUCCAGGACCUGAAGUGCUUGGUCUUCUCUCUCAUCGGACUCCAUUUCAAGAUCAAACCAAUAUAGAUCUGUUUGCAUCUCAGAAACGUUGACAGACAUUUAAACGUUUCCCUGUAAUAUCAUAUUUUACGAAAUCAAGUAACAAAAAGAUAUUUCCAAAGAUGGACGUGAUUCACUCGACUGCACUGAUUUUCACCCAAUCAACCAUUUGGAAGCCAACUAAUGUAAUUCCAUAUACUUAAAACUAUACUGUAUGUUUUAAAAGUAUUCUCUUGUGUACAAUAUUAAAUAAUAGUUUUAUGAAUAAAACGAUCGAAUAAGUAAAA